CGCGCUACUUCCAUGGGGAUAUUGUAUUGUUGUCGUGUGAAGGAUAUGGCACCGAUGCCAUUAUUUAUAUGAAGGCGAUUUCAGAUGAAGCUAACGAGCUGUUGCCCAUUUUCAACAAGACGAGCUCGAAAUUUUAUCGCGCCACCGUGCCCACUGGCGAUUGGUCUAACCAGAAUUUUUCCAACCGUUGGCGUUAUAUAUAUAGUCUCUUCUCGUCCAAAAACAAUUAGCGUAUGUUUUAUUCUAAAAUGCUUGACUCAUUUCAAUUGGUUUUUAUUUAUGACGCAAGGUAUUUGAAAGCGUUCACACAAUGCAAUCAUUCACGUUUAAUUCGCAUGUGAUUUUUAUUAAAUAAAUUAUUAAACUAUUUAUAUGUAUAUUUGAUUAAAUUGAAAGCAGGAAGUAAUCUCCAUUCCAAAUGAAAUUAUCAUAACCUCAACAAAAUUUGAACACUAAAUUUGUUUAUCAGACUUAAAAUUAAAAUUAUAAGUAAGGAAGUGCUAAGUUCGGAUGUAACCGAACAUUUU